AUGACAAGAAAAAAAACACACACACACAAUGGCGAAAAUACAUCCGAAUUUAUCGAUCGGUAUAGUAGUGUUAGUAGCUCUUGUAGUUCGUUAGAAAGAGAAACUUUUACUAUUUGGAUGAAAUCGCUCGUUUUCCAUGGAAAUGGUUGCACCGUCUAUAACUCGGGGGGUGAAGUCGUUUUUCGUGUCGAUAAUUAUCAAGAAAGGUGCAGAAGUGAAGUCUUUCUCAUGGAUUCGAGUGGCAAAGUUUUGUUCUCCAUAAAGAGAAAGAAGCUAGGAAUAUUUGGAUGUUGGGAAGGUAUAAAAUGGAGUAACAAUUCAAAGGGUAUUAAAAACAAGGGGAGGCCAUGUUUUCAAGUAAGAAGAAAUCGACGAAUAUUUAGCAGAGAUAUAUUAUCUUGCAGAGUUAACCUUAAAUUCGACGAAAACAUGGGAAGUUACUAUCGAAUCAUAGGAUUAGAAGGAAAAUCGACGCUCAAGAUUAUCGACUUUUCCGGCCAGCUUCUUGCCGAGGCUGUAAGAAAACAAUCAUUAGGAGUGGCAUUGGGAGAAGAUGUACUGAAAUUAACGGUUGAACCACAGGUUGACCAAUCUCUUAUUAUGGCUCUUGUUACAGUUUAUGGCUCCAUCAAUAAUAAGCUCUAAUUAAAAACGUGUUGAAAAGCAAAACAACACGUUUUUUUUUUCUUUUUUGCUAUGAGAGGGCAAAAAGGGAAAUUAGUGGGAUGCUGAUAAAUUUUGGUGCAAGUGCUUCAUUAAUUUGAUGUGGCUCAAAAAUGUAAAUAAUUUUGUAGGUGAAUUAAAUUUGAAUCAUGUUUCUAUUUCAUGAAGAAAUUAAUUAGUUUUAUUU